AUGGCCGUCAGGAAGAUCUACCGCGAGCUGUUCAGCUGCUCCGUCGACGAAGACGUCGCGUCUUCUCCUGCGCUCCAAGAGCCUCUCAAGAAGAUGUUGCUCGGUCUUGUGAGCUCCUACCGCUACGCUGGCGAGCACGUCGACAUGGACGUCGCGAAGCUGGAGGUGGCUCAGCUGUCAGAGGCCAUCAGAGAGAAGCGCCUGCACGGGGACGAGGUUGCCCGGAUCAUCAGCAGCGCUCGCAGCAAGCCUCAGCUGAGAGCGACGUUCCAGCAGUACAAGGACGACCAAGGAACAGACAUCGUCGAGUUGUCACGUUGA